GUAUCACUUUACUUGCGGAGGGAAGCUUCGUAACUCUGGCAGCCUUGCUGAGGCCCUGCAAUGAUCAACCCUCCUUACAUACCUACAUACAGAGUCCUCUGCCAACAUCCGAGCUCUCCCUCGGCUCCCAACACUCCUCUCGAGACGCCAUAUCCUCAAUCCUCAUUCACCGGCCCUUUUUCUCCUACAUCACUCAAAUAUGGCGUCAGGAUACGACCGUGCCCUUUCCGUGUUUAGUCCGGAUGGACACGUCUUCCAGGUCGAGUAUGCCGGCGAAGCUGUCAAGCGAGGGACAUGCGCUGUCGGGGUGAAGGGCGCAGAUAUCGUCGUGCUCGGCUGCGAGAAGCGGUCGGCAAUGAAGUUGCAGGAUACGCGCAUCACCCCCUCUAAGAUCGGCCUGCUCGACACCCACGUCUGCCUCGCCUUCGCCGGCCUGAACGCCGACGCCCGAAUCCUGGUCGACAAAGCGCGGCUCGAGGCACAGUCGCACCGCCUGACCGUCGAGGACCCCGUAUCGAUCGAGUACAUUACGAAAUACGUCGCGGGCGUGCAGCAACGGUACACGCAGAGCGGUGGUGUACGCCCGUUCGGCAUCAGCACUAUGAUCGUUGGCUUCGAUAAGGGCAGCAAAGUCCCGAGGCUCUACCAGACCGAACCGAGCGGCAUCUACUCUGCGUGGAAAGCGAACGCCAUCGGCCGUUCUAGCAAGACGGUCCGAGAGUUCCUCGAACGCAACUACAAGGAAGAUAUGGACCGCGAGGCGACCAUCCGACUUGCCAUCAAGUCACUACUAGAGGUAGUGCAGACCGGCGCCAAGAACAUCGAGAUCGCCGUCAUGGCUCCCGGCAAGUUGAUAGAGACAUUACCUGUCGAGGAUAUCGAGAGCUACGUGAAGAACAUCGAGCAGGAGAAGCAGGAAGAGGCCGCCAAGAAGAAGACGGGCCGGACGCCGGGAACCGGUAGUGCCGCCAUCCUGACGAGAGAGCGGGAAGGCGGGAGCGACGAAUGAAGGCGCAGAGCGAAAGAAAAGAAGAGAGACGAUCUCAUGGGCUGCUAGAAAAAGGGAUAUUCAUAUAAGCGACGUCGUCGCAUCGUCGUACUUAGGGAGUAACAUGUACACUACCUGCCCGCUAAGCAUGUAAAGCUCUCGGCUCCCCCCCCCCGUGAAUUGUCAUCCAUUCCGGUGCUCCA